AUGGCACUGUUACCUCCAGACCCCGUCUAUACGAUCAGGAACGUGGAUAAUGUUCCUGUUUAUUCGUUGGCGUUUAGUUUCUUGCCCGGCGGUCUCGAGAGGUUACUAGCCGGUUCGAAAAACGGCUAUGUUUAUGCAUACAACCUUCAGACAAACAGAGUACAACAAAAGAUCCAAGUUGGUCAAGCUCCAAUUCUUCACCUCAUCCACACCAGUAACCACCUCAUCACCCAGGAGAAAGGUGGCAAGUUUAAAAUAUUUAGUUUAACAAAUAGUGGCUAUGAAGAAGAUGCUUUGAUAGAAGUUGAUUAUCCUGGGUUCUGCCGCUUUGAAGCCAACACAAAACUCGAAACACUUUAUGUACCUGACAAGGAAUCAAAAAUCCUGAUUUACAACUUCUCAGGAGAGUCGGCAGGAUGUCUGCUGCCUGAUUCUACUCUGAAACUUGGAGAUCCAAUGUGCAUGAAAUUUAUUGAAUUUCCUUGUGACCGACCAACUUUGCUGGUUGGGUAUGAAGCAGGAUGGCUUGUCCUGUGGGAUCUCAAUACUAGUCAAUGUAUUAGUAAACUUCAGACACUGGAAUGUCCCAUGUCUGUCGAUUACCACAAUGAGCAGCAGAGAGGCAUGAUUGGGAAUGCUUCAGAUGUGAUACAGAUUUUUAGCAUAGGGAGAAAAGACUUAAGCUUAACACACAAGAUGGAUAUUAAUAUUAAAAACCCAGGCAUAAAUAAAGUCGAGUCGCGGUCUGAUGGGAAAGUUUUUGUUUCCGGAGGUUGGGAUGGUCACAUCCGUAUCUUCUCCUGGUUCUCUCUUCGGCCGCUAGCAGUGCUAACAGAGCACAAGAAAGCCAUUCAAGAUGUAGUAUAUUCCUCUGAGAAGGUUUCUUAUUGGAAAGCGCACAUCAUGGCAGCUGGAGGACUCGACGGUGCUAUUACGCUCUGGGAUUUGUAUAAUAACAAAAAUUAA